AUGGCCUUCGACGACGCUGUCCUCCCGCCCGCUCCCGACGCCGUCAUCGACAAGCUUCGCGACCUCGUCACCCCCCACCCCAAUGAUGACUCAACCGCCAUCCACAUCCGUGCCGGCGCCCUCUUCGCCCGCUUGAAGGCCCUAAACCGCGCCGCCAACGCCGCCACACGCGCACACAAGCAGGCCACCGCCGACGCGCGCCACGAGAUGGACCAGACGUACCUGGGGCUGCAGAACCUGCUCUAUGAGAAACGCCACCUUGAGCGCGAGAUUGAGAAGUGCCGCCAGUUUGCUUCGAUCUACCAGGACAUCCCCCUAUAUGCGGUCGAAGAGUUUGUCAUGCUCGCACCGGAGGAAGCCCGAACGGAAGGGGUUCUUGCGGACGAGCACCAGCUCAUGCUGAACCGUCUUAGCUUCGAACUCGCCGAACGUCAGAGACUUGAUCAGAGGCAGAAGGAGCUCUUGAGGCAGAAAGAAGAGAUGCUCAAGGAAGGCAAGGCGAAGCUGGCCACCAUGGACAGUGUCCAGUCCCAGGUUGAUGCCCUCAUCAGAAUGUACAAAAGAAAGUCACAGAUCUCGUGCAACCCGUAG